AUGUUCUCAAAAAGAUGCGCGAGGCUCGCUGCCUCUCGAACUUCUGUGCCAUUGAGCUCUUACUUACUUCGUGUCCGGCAUUCUUCUACUUCGCCAGCUUCCACCCCAUAUAAAUUCAUACGGACAUCAAUUCCUGAACCCGGGGUUGGAAUGAUUUCCCUCAACCGACCAUCGGCUCUAAACGCACUUUGCAGCCCGCUUUUCCAGGAGCUCAAUGAAGCUUUGACAAAGUAUGAUGAAGAUAAAAAUAUUGGCGCUAUUAUACUUACUGGUAGCGAGAAAUCCUUUGCUGCUGGAGCAGAUAUCAAGGAGAUGGCGCCUUUGACAUUUUCUGAGGCUUAUUCCAACAAUUUCAUUGCACCAUGGUCACAUCUUGCCAACACGAUCCGUACCCCUGUUAUCGCUGCGGUCUCCGGGUAUGCUCUUGGUGGCGGGUGCGAGUUGGCCUUGAUGUGUGAUAUCAUUUAUUGCUCGGCGAACGCGACCUUCGGCCAGCCCGAAAUAAAAUUAGGCACCAUUCCUGGUGCUGGUGGCUCGCAGCGUCUUUCUAGGUGUGUUGGGAAGAGCAAGGCCAUGGAGUUGAUCCUGACUGGAAACACAUUCACCGGAGCCGAGGCUGGGGAGUGGGGAGUCGCUGCUAAGGUCAUUGAUGGCACUCAUGAUGAGCUACUAGCCGCUACUCUUAAAACAGCCAGCAAAAUUGCCGGGUAUAGCCGUGUUGCUGUAGUCGCUGCUAAGGAAGUAGUCAAUAAGAGUCAGGAACUGUCUUUAACAGAAGGUGUUGAAUAUGAGAGGCGCCUUUUUCAUGGAUUAUUCGGCAGCAAGGACCAAAAAAUAGGAAUGACCGCUUUCGCGAAGAAACAAAAACCAGAGUGGGCAAAUGAGUGA